AUGGCUCCCCUGACUUUGGAUAGUCUUCCUAUGGAACUGAUCGAGACUGUUGUUAAUUUUCUGGACUUCCAAGACAUCUGUGCUCUUCGUUUAACUGCACAUGGUAUUUCGGCCAAAUCAUCCAAUGGUCGAUUCCGUCAGAAUUUGAAAUCCAAGAAAUUACACAUCGCACAGGCCCCCUUGGAAGAUUUCGCUCACUUUACUCAACCAGGCCAGGUUGGGUGUGUGCUCCAACAUCUUACUUUAUCCGACUUUGGGGUGGCAAAUGCGUCUGACAAGUGCCUUGAGGCAGCUAAGCUGCUAGUGCAAGGAAUGGAGAACCUACGCCAAAAUACUUCACAUGGUGGCCUAGUAUCUCUGUCUCUUUCCCUUCACGAGCUAAUAGAUUCAGAGCUGGAAGAGGCAGAGCAUGCCACGGCAAAGUUGUUUGACCUUGUUAUGCUGGCACUCAGCAACAGCAAAUUGUCUGUGCAGAUCGUGGAUAUUUUUGCUAAAUGUUUCCCCAUCCGCUGUGCCCUGGCCUGCGGUGAAAUAAUGGCAGUUAUGGAGAAAGCAGACCUGUCUUCCACAUUCAGAGAGUGUAAAGAGCUAUGUUUAAGCUUGUCACACUGGUUACGCGAUCUCGAUGAGCACUACGAGUCUCCGCUAUCCUUUGAUCAAGCUAGGGAUCAUACCCGAUUUAUCUGUGAUUUUGUGAAUAUGUUCCCAGUGCUAGAGGAACUUCACUUGGCGUGGGUAUAUUACGAUCUCGCCUACACGGAUGCCAUACAGGAAGAAGAGCAUUUCUUUAAUCGAAUCGCAAAUUCCUGUCCAUUCCCAUUGCUCAAGAAGUGUACCUUUCAUAACAUUCGCACGACCGAGGCAGCCCUGCUUCAAUUUCUCAAAAACGUUCAAUUGGUCAGUCUAUCGAUGGAAAACGUGUAUCUGGCCAGUGGAAGGUUUGAGUCCAUUUUUCAUCAUCUAUCCACUUCCCAGCCAAAUUUGGAAUAUUUGCAUCUCCAUCAGCUGGUGCACGAUCCAUCUACUGUUUAUUUUGAUGUGCCUCGCGUGCCCCAAUACCCUCGUAUUCGGGGGAUCCCGACUGUGCCGGAAGCUUCGAUGCUACGACUUGUGAGCCCAUAUGUAGUCCAUCUAGCUUUCAAUGCUCCGGAUGAUGAUACACGUAUAUACCUCAUGCACCCACGCUUGGGACAGAAGGAGCAUACAUCGCCGUACAAAUCGCCUAGGUACUGGAGAAAGUUCGAACAGUUGAAGAAUCUGCUCAAUACAGAGCUUCUGCCCAGCGCGGCCACGGCCUCGUGGUUGUACAUUACAGCGGAAAUGUCGCGCGAAGUUCCCGCAUACAGACGGCAGGCCAUAUUCCAAUAUGACCCGGUUGCUCAUGGGCGUAAUAAGAAAGGCUGGAGGCUCUUUUAUGAAGGUCAUUACUUUGAUGAUACAAAUCCACCCCCAGGUCCUGAAUCUGCUGAUGGCAUCCCUGACCUAUGA